GGUGCUUAAAAACAGAGAUGUUUUUUUGAGCUCCCCGUCACCAUGCGCGAGCUCAUACCUGGUGCCAUGUGCUUGCCCUGCCGGUGAUGCAACUCCAACAGCAACGGAAUCAGAGGCCCUCCAGAGCCGAGCUUACCGCCAUGGGUUUGACGCCAGCACAGGCGGAUCAUGAGCUGGUAAGACAAAGCGAACUGGAGGUGAUCGAAACGAGCAUCACACGAUGGGUGAUGCUUUUUGGGUGCAUCAUUUGCGCUUUGCUGCCAGUGAGUCUGGUACUUUUUUUCUACCUCAUCUACAGUUAUGUUCUGGAACAGCGGCAGGACUGCGAUGUACCGUUGGUCCUGUGGUUCUGGGUCGCCAUGUUCAAUAUCUUCUACCACAUCAACCUUGGUGGAAGAUCGAUUCAUAGACAGGUGAUCAGGAGUGUGUGUAGAUAUCAAGCGCCAGAACAAAGUCUCGAAGUGCCACCUGCGCGAGUGAGGCUUUACCAUUGGCUCACCACCAUUUUUGUCUUCUCGUGGCAUUGCGUUGGAUUACACUGGGCUCGGAUCAGCCAGACGUGCCAUCGCACUGCGCCCAAUUUGUACACAUCGACGUAUCUCUUUGCUUCUUUCAACGUGAUCUUUACGAUCUUCACUGUGAUUUCCACAUAUGGGCUACAACACAUGCUGGCCUCAUUGUUACGUAGAGGCUUGUUGCCGAGCUCCAUAUUGGGCAGUGACCGCGCUGCGCCUGAGGGAACCCUCGAGCUGCAAAGCAGCGUGAUUUUUGAUCCGGAGGAGUUUGGUGAUGCUUUGCAGUGUCCAACGUGUUUGGAGGACUUCUCGAAAGAGCAUCAAAUCCGAAAGACCAUUUGCUGAAGGUGAACCGUACCUGUCCUCUUUGUCGUCGAGAUUUGGCUGAAAGCUUGGAGUCGGGUGAUGGCUCGAUAGAGGCGGCCAUGCGUGCGGAGCGCAUCGGGGCCUCUGAUUCGAUCCAGGU